ACGAAGUACAUUUAUCAAGUGCUGCACUUAAAUACAAGUAAGAGGUUUUGUAAUUGAGUAUUUUCUUUUAAUGCCACUUUCUACUUCUACUCCACCCCAUCUCAGAGGGAAAUGUUGUACUUUUUACUUCACUACAUUUAUCUGACAGCUUCAGUUACAAAUUAUUUUAAAAAGUAAGAUUUAUGAAGAGUUUAUAAAAUAGGAUGUCUUGUUAUAAAUCAAAAUACCCAGCAGUUUAUACAAGUACAGCUGGUACAUUUGUUGAUUGACAGAAAUUUAAUUGGCAACUAUUUUGAUGAUCGUUUACACAUAAACAUUUUAUGGUUCACAAAUGUGAAGAUUUUGCUGCUUUUUCUUUUUGCUCUCUUUCUUCUUCUUUAGCAUUGUGAAGGUGUCAAAUAAUCAGCAGAAUUAUUCCAUAAUAAAGAUAAUUAUUAAUUGCAGUCUGAUACAAAAUCUAAACCAACUAAAACAGUAAAAUUUUGCUUUUACAUGAAUGCAUGAGGAAUAAUAAUCUAAUGAUAUAAAUAGUAAAAAAGUCACAGGGAACAAUUUUCAUUCUGAAUACUUUUACUUUUAAUACUUUCCAGAUAAUACAUACUUAACUCAAUGCAGUACUUUUACUUUUAACAGAGUAUUUAUCCAGUGAGCGAGCCUCUUAGUACUUUUACUUAAGUAAAGGAUCUGAAUACUUCAUCCACUACUGUUAGUUACUUUCCUGCACUGCAUAUUCAUAUUCUUCACUACAACUAAAAGUAAAGUUAUAGGCCAAGAUCAGAGUCACUCUUUGUUCUCAAUUUAAUUAAACUUUUAGAGGUUUAAUUCCUGUAGAAUUAAAGUAAUCCUUAGUUUGCUCAAGUAAAAAAAAAUAGUUCACGGAGGUCCCGCGGUGUGUCCCCGGGCCUCAGCUUGAGAACCUGCACGGCACCAGCCACAGUUGACUUGAGAGUGAUUAAAAAUGAAGCGCUAUAGAAACCAGCAGGCCAAUAGAGGACCGGGAAGCUGUUUACAAGAGGGGGGUGUACCGUUUCUAUGGUUGCUGGACAAACCUCCUGCACCAGGUAUUAAACUGCCUCCCCGACGGAUCCUGCAGCCCGCUGACACCCGUUACAAAGACCUCCGCAGAGGAGGAGAAGAAGCGCACAACGCAGCGCCAAAUCCACAGGAAUUUCUCCUCUUUUCUUUCUUUCAAGCUGACAACAGGUGCACUUCAAAUAGGCUGGGGCUGAACAAUCAAUACGUGCUGCGCGUUUUGGGAUUUAAAACGCAACAUAACAGCAAAAAGGCGGUGGCAGGGGGAGGAGGAGGAGAAGGAGCUGGGAGACGGAGAGGAGAGAGCCAUGCUGUCUCUGAGCUGUGCAGACCCCUGGCCUGAAGGCUCGGUGGCGCUGGAGGAGGAGGUAAUGACCGCCGCUGCCCAAGCUGAGGAGCGGGACAGCAUCAACAACAACAACAACAGCAACAGCAGCAUCAACAACAGCUCCAUCAACCUGGACGACAGCCUGACCAGCCUGCAGUGGUUGCAGGAGUUCUCCAUCCUCGGUGCCAACGUUCCGCAACAGACCCACCACCAGCAGCACCUGUUCGGCCAACAGCCGCUGGGCUCCGACGCACCGGCCUCCCCUCUGGCCGGGGACCCCGCCUCCAUGGGCAUGCCCCUGACACCGGGGAAGCCCAUCGCGGCGGCCUACAGCAGGAUGCAGUCCCUCCCCAGCAUCGUGGCUCACGGUCACUGCCCCGACGAGGUGGACUACAAGACCAACGCGCGCAUCAAGCCGCCGUACUCGUACGCGACGCUCAUCUGCAUGGCCAUGCAGGCCAGCAAGAAGAGCAAGAUCACUCUGUCCUGCAUCUACAAGUGGAUCACUGACAACUUCUGCUACUACAGACACGCCGAUCCCACCUGGCAGAACUCCAUCCGACACAACCUCUCGCUCAACAAGUGCUUCAUCAAGGUGCCGCGGCAGAAGGACGAGCCGGGAAAGGGAGGUUUCUGGAAAAUUGACCCGCAAUACGCUGAGCGUCUCCUGAACGGCGCCUAUAAGAAGAGGCGAAUGCCACCGGUCCAGAUCAACCCGGCCCUGCAGAACAGGCUCAUGGUCAACCUCCAGCCCCAGUCCAGAGGCCCCUGCGGCCCCAUUGGAGGUCAGAGCAGCCUGUGCAUCAACCCAGAGUCCCAGCAGCUUCUACUCGAGUUUGAAGAGGCAACCGGCGCAGACCAGAACUGGGACCCUCAUCUGGCUGAAGGGACCAUGCUGGGGUCGUGGCCAGUGGUCAGGGGAAGAGGUGGGCACAAGAGGAAACAGUCGGGGGGCUCCAGAAAUGGUGGCGCCAAAGCCCCCCGGCGCUCCAGCUCCCCGCUGCUCUCUGUGGACGAACCGAAGGAGAUUGGACCUCUGAAGGGGGACUUUGACUGGGACGCCCUGCUGGACUCGGCCCUCAGCGGGGAGCUCAGUUUGGAGGGAGGAGAACCUCUGAGCCCCAUCAUGAAAGAGGAGGACCUGACAGUGCGGGGGACCCACAUCUCUCCUGUUGAAACCCCCGCAGGGACAGCGGACAUCCACGUGUUGGUGGAGACCCAAAGGAAUAAUGACAUGUCGGACUUUGACGAGGAGACCUUCCUCGCCACGGCCUUCCUGGAGAGCCCCUGGCCAGAAGAGGAGGAACAAGGCCGCAGUGACUUCCUCUGUAGCUCCACCGUCAACCUGGACCAGCUGUUUGACCUCGGGGACUCAUUAGGCGGAGACCCAAGCGCCCGGAUUGACACCCUCCUUUGAGGAAUAGUUGCUUUCCAGGUCUCCUUUCAGACUUGCGGCUACGCUACUGGGGAAUAACAGACUCUUUUUCUUUUUUACACUCAAGCAAUCCUUAUUGUCCUUUUCAAGAUGUUUAAAGUAUUUUUAGAAUUACAUUUUGAUGCUGAAUCGUGCAGGAAGUACAUUCCCAAUGCCUACCAAACAAAGAUGCCACAAAUGUACAGUGUACAACCACGUUUGGUGAACCAUGACAUGACUUGAGACGAACAAAAAGUGAUUUUCAGAAUUAGGGCCUGGUUAAAGAGAAGCUGGUGAAACUUAACGACAAAAUUAAUCCACGCGUCUUUACAAAACAUUUUAUUAUAGAAGCUUGAUGACGUAGUAAGUACUCGCGGGGUUCGUGGGUGAACCCCUGUAGCUGGUGAGAUAACCGCUAACAUGCUAGCAAACCAAGACAUGCUAGGGCUAGCCAAUCACAUUAGCUUUCCUAGCUUCUUUUUUUCUCUUUACCGGGCUGCUACAUCAUUUAAUUCAACAACUUUUUAUCGAAGACAGAAAAUACGAACCUCUCUGAGUUAACGCCAUUGGCCAAGUGGCCCAUGGACAUUAGUAAAGAUGGUUAGCAACCAGUUAGCAAGCUUGUUAGCGCUUUGCUAACAAGAGAGUAAGUUGACACAGUUUAUUAAAAGCUGUGUCAUCUUGUCUGUGGAGCAGUUUAUACUUUACACAGCUAAUGAGUUUGUUUUGCUAUUGGUCACGAGGCUAAUUUGUGUGUUAAAGUUAACCAAAAUUGAACUUGAUGCAAAAUAAGUGCAUCGAACUACUUAAGCGUUGCAAGUUAAUCCACUUAAUUGUGAUGCAAAAUUUCAGCGUUUUAAAUGUGUGAACAGACCCUUUUGGAUUACACAUCAUGAUCUCUGUUUACAUCUUAAAAAAAGUAAGAAGACGAGAUGACUUAUCCACAAUUUUUGUUUUUAUAGAGGAAGAAAUAACCGAGCGGUAUCAGCAGAUGUCAGGCCGAGGCUGCGACACAGAUGCAUUUUCUUUUACAGGAAGUCAUUUGUUGCUGAGGAUUGUAUUAAUAUGACUGUAAAUAAUACUGUGACAGCAGCACUAUGAUGAUGAAUAAUGAGAUAUUUGCCAAAUGAUGUUUGGUGUAGGAGUGAUUUACCGUAUUAGGCUUAAGGUUUUUUUUGCGUGUUUUUUUUUUACUACUAACUAUCCUCUAUGCUUUUUUUCCAUAAAGAACUAGGAACAGUUUAACUAGAUAAGUAACAAAUAUGCAGGAUUGCAUUUUUCAAGAGGAAGGGAAACAGAGAUGUCAGUUUUUGUUUUUAUUACUACUUUUUUUGAUCCUCUGAUUAGCAGAGCAGUAGAUGGAGAGCAGGACACAUUUGAGCUUCAUGGCAUAAAAGUUAAAAUGGACACGAAACAGCUUGAGGCAAAAAUUCUCCAACAAAGAACAAUUAAGACCUUAAAAUGUUGACUUUAAAAAGGCCACGGUGUCUUGUAAAUGAAUACCUGACCUUCUGUGUGCCAAGUACAACACUUGGGACUCGACAGGGCGGCAGUGUUACAGUAAGAGGCUGUGUUUUUAAUUACUAAAAAGGAACGUGUGUUGUUUCUAGCUGUGUUUGUGAGGAGGCCGAGAGUUGUUGGUACAUACAAACAAAAGAUCUGCUGCAGCUUGGAUAUGUGUCGGUGGAUACGGACUAACUGCACCAAAUCGCUCCAUAUGAAAAGAUCCAGUUCUUGUUACUGUUUUCCUCUAAAAUGUGUGAAAGUGCAAUCAAUGUACAGUGAUACUUGUUAUAUUUUACAUUCUGUUGUAGGAGUCUAUUCAUGCAGUUUACUUUAGAGACCAGUUUCACUAUUUUGUGUAUUAUGAGGUGUGAAUAUACACGCAGGCAGGAGAAAGGACUCUUUGUAAAACAUGAAACAUGUUUGUUUAUUAGCUUUUCUCCAUCAAAUAACACUUUUAAACAAUAACAAUGGCGUCUCUUACCCCACGAUUGGUUCUGUAAAGUCAGGCACACUGUAUGCAUCCUUUUACUUUCAUGUUUUUGUUUUAUUUUUCACUUUUCUUUGACAAAUAAAGGAAAAAG